AUUUGGAGACAAACGCCCUUAUUUCCUCCCCUACCCAGGCCUUUACCAUUUAUAUCGUUUAAUAUCUUUUCCUACGUCUGCUUCCUCCAGAAGAAAAGCAACAUCAUAAAAUCAUAAGAGACAGGUUUGUACUGGGAUUUGUCGUGAUGGUUACAUCGAUGCAUUAUAAAGCAUUCAAGUGAACUGCAGAUCAUAAAUUUUACGGGCGUGCAUUUGUGCUUUGGUUAAAAUCGUGGACGGGACGGAACGAAAUCGAAAACUCAAUAGUACAUAUUUGCGAAAAGUUUCUAAUUGGAAGAUACAUCCGCUCUUCCUGAAGGCUUAGUAACAUCGAAAUGUCGUUGAUGAUUUCUUUCCUGUCAUGGACGGCCAAUAUCGCAACAGUUGGAUUUUUCGUCUCAGGCGUGUUAACAUGCCAGAAAAUGGUCCUGAGUGGAAGCACAGAAAAUAUUCCUCUUCUACCAUUUGUCACAACAUUUCUCAACUGUAUGAUGUGGGCAAGUUAUGGUAUUCUUAAAGAGGAUUCUGCAUUAAUUCCUGUCAAUUUGAGUGGAAUGAUGUUGCAAGUUCUUUACAUGCUGUGUUUCUUUUUCUACUGUAAACACAGGGGAAAGGAACUCAAGAUCAUUUUAUAUGCUGCAGUUGUAUCACUGGCAUUAUACUUUUACAUAAUGCAGUAUAUCAGAGAGGAAACUCAGAGGGUUUCACAUCUUGGAUUUGCAUGCAUCGUCUUUACUGUUACAAUGCAAGCCUCACCAUUAGCAGCAGUGGCUAAAGUUGUAAGGACCAAAAGCACAGAGUCAAUGCCAUUUCUAUUCUCAUUUAUGAUGGUUGUGGUGUCUUUUCUAUGGCUCUGCUAUGGGAUUGCUGUGGGCGACAUCAAUAUUAAGGUCCCUAAUGCAAGUGGAGUAUUAUUGGGUCUCAUUCAACUGAGUUUGUUCUGUGUAUAUCCCUCCAAACCUCCCAGACAGUAGUAAAUUUGUACUAAUUUAUUUAUGUUUCUGAAAUUGUUGCCUGAAGCAGUCAAUAAUUGUCUUUCAAGUCCAGAAGUAAUAUAGGUCCUCGUCAAGGUGUCUAAAUACAGAGGGAGCAGGUGGGAAAUUCUGUGUGAUGUCGCUUCAUUUCGCGUUUUUACUCCGUUCGUUAACAAAAAUAAAAUACAAUGUACUCCGCCUCUCAGUUUGGUAGAAAUACAUAAUCAUCUGGUUUUUUUUUUGUUUUUUUUUUCCAGUUUCCAGUGUCGUCAAACUUUAAUUACGAAUGAGCGCUUGUUUUAUUUAUGUCUGGCUAAAGCACGCCUGUGUACUAAGUGCAAUUUUUGAUGGCAUUGACUUCGAGAAGGCCUUUGACACUGAAUUUCAAUUUUUCCAAUUAGACCUUUGCAUAACUUCAACUUUAGUCCUGCUUUCAUACUCUAGAUUCAAGUGCUGUAUAAAUGUGUCUCUAGUGCUGUAUAAAUGUGUCUCUAGUGCUGUUAUGAAUAAUGGAUUUACCACUGGGCAUUUUCGUUAAGAAAGAGGGGUUAGACAAGGUGACUCCUUUCUCUGUCGUUAUUUAUUAUUGCUGUCGAGACUGGCUGUAAAAAUAAGAAAUGAUAUAGAUAGCAGUAUUCAGGGUUUUAAAAAUCGGACACGAAACACUUAAAUUAUCUUCAUUUUCUGAUGGCAUCGCUUGUUUGCUAAAAGAUGAAUCUCUUUCAACAAUACUUUAUUGGGGCAAUGCUCAGGUUUAAAAGUCAAUUAUGAGGAAACGAUAACAUUUGCUCGUGGAAACGGUACUUUAUACGGGAAGUUGAUUUUCCAAAACAUAAUAUUUUCGUGUGUUCUAGCUAUGAUAACAAAGGGAAGCUCUUGAUUUGAGACAAACGUUAAAGGAUAUUAAAAAGUCAUUAAAUACAUGGAUAUGAAGAGGCCUUUUAUUUGAGGAAGAAUUUGAAUAGUUCAAACACUUGCUAUCCCUAAAUUAUGUACAAAGUGUUGCACGAAUAAAAACAGCUUAGUUUGAAGUACAAUAGUA